ACCAGCAGUGAUGGUGAUACAUGGCUGUAUAAGAGUUAGACAACUCCAUGUAUAUAAGCCUAAGCAUUAAUAAUAUUGUCGAUUGUCUUUUUCGUUGUUUGUAUUUGAUCAUUGAUGGAAUGCAUCAUAUCUAUGAUUUGAGUGUUUAUGCAAAUGAAUAUUGUUUAUAUAUAGACCUUACGGACCACCAUACUUAAGCUUGAUUUGUUUACAUAAAAGCGACAUGAGAACAAAUUGGAGAGAUUGCAAGGCUUGGAUUGACGCUGGACUUCCUUUGUCGACAACCAGCAAUGAAGCAUGCAAACUAUACGAUGCCUCCGUCACCCAGGCAAGUGGUAUGUACGAUGAACCAUCUGUGGGAGGCCUAGAAGAGAGUAUGAAGAAAAUGAUAGGGGCAGAUCCAAAAUUUGUAAUGGGCCAUGUGUUUGCAAACAAUCUAUGUUUGGGAGGACCAGAAAAACCUUUACACCUGAAUGCAGAACUGAAAACUAAAAUGGACACACUCAAUGCAUUGGUACAAGAAUCAAAAAUAACAGACAGAGAAAGAAAACAUGUAAAUGCUUUAAAUAUGUAUGCUCAAGGAAAACGUUACGAUGCUGUCAAACUAUGGGAAGAUAUUCUGGUUGACUACCCAACGGAUCUUCUGGCAUCUAGACAAGCUUUUCUUACGAUGAUUAACCUAGGGAUGCCUAAAGAAAACAAGGACAUAACUACGAGAGUACUUCCAAGUUACAAAAAAGACACACCUGGUUAUAGCAUAAUUCUGAGCUGGCAAGCAUUUUGUUUGGAAGAAAACAAUUUUUAUGAUCUUGCAGAGAAAACAGCAAAGCGGUGUCUUGAAAUGGAAAGACGUGAAACUUACGCAACCCAUGCCUUGUCACAUGUUUAUCUGAUGCAAGGUCAACACGAGAAAGGUAUAGAGUUCAUACUAUCAACAGAAAACGAUUGGAGUCGUGCAUGUUAUAUGGCCUGCCAUAACUACUGGCAUCUUAGUUUAGCGUACGCAGAAAAGGGUGAUUUCAGUGAAGCUCUUGGGAUAUUUGAUACACAGAUUGGGCCACGAACAAAAAAUUCAAAAAGCGACUUCAACCUGACUGAUGCAACUGGAUUAUUGUAUAGAUUGAAACUGGAAGGCGUAGAUGUUGGUAAUCGUUGGUCAGUAUUAGACGAAACUUGUGAUGUUCAUAUGUAUGGACAUGGACAAAUGUUCACUGAAGCAAACCUCCUUCUUUCAUGUUGUCAUAAUCAGGAUAAAAGUAAAAGAAACAAACUCCUUGAGUCUCUGAAACAGUACGGAAAGAAUGAUCCAGAAGACUGGGACAGUAAGAAGAUUGUAUCAGAAGUAGGGAUACCUUUGUGUGAGGGUAUCGUAGCCUUUGAAGAUGGCGAUUACAGUAAAGCUGUUGAAUUAUUGUAUCCUAUACGAUAUGAAAUAAUAAAGAUUGGCGGAAGUGAUGCACAGAGAGAUGUUUUCUAUCAAUUAUUGAUCCACUCCACAUUAAGGUCUCCUAAACAGGAACACAAUAGAUUAGGCAGAAUGCUACUAUCGGAGCGCAGAGUUGCAAAAGAAAGUGAUUCCUGGACCGAUAGAUUAAUGGCACAGUUUGUUACAAGUCAUAGUACAUGAUAAUGAUAUUCUUGACGAAUAUAUUUAUCCCAUUGUUACCGGUCAGGAAAUAAGAUUUGUUUAUUAUAUGAUGAUGGACAUAGGAAUGAUAAGCUGAUGAAGUCUCCGUCGUAAAUAUGAUAACUAGAACUGUUAAUUAUUAAUACCAACAUGUAUUGGUAAAUGACCAGAGGAACUUAAUGCUAUUACUUACAAUAAUAAUAUUCAAGAUUGAAA